GGUCUCCUGAGGGCUCUGGCAUCUUACUGCUUCCCUCCUUUCCCUUCUCUGCUGCCCACAUGACUUUAAUGCCACCUGAGUUGAGAGGCACUGGCUUCACUGAUGAGGACAUUCUGGAUUGGCAGCAUCUUUCAUAUUGUCUUUACUACAUGUUAUUGUUACAUUUGUUGAUUGGUGGGUUGGAGGUGGAGGGGGAAGAUGAAAAUAGGUAUAAUAAAAAUGUUUAAAAAUAUUUCACAAUUUAAGUUAUGCCUGCUUCUAGUGAUUUCUCCUAUCAGAUUAUCUCUAUCACUAAAGUGCUGUCUUCCAUUUCCAUAGGUCAUAGGUUUUGGAUCUGUUAAAAUUGCAGCAUUCAUAGCUAUGGUAGGAAUUCUGUCCAUUGUAGCUCAGACAGUCUUUCUUAGCAUCUUGAUGAGAUCGUUGGGAAAUAAGAAUACUGUCCUCCUUGGCUUGGGCUUCCAGAUGCUCCAGUUGGCCUGGUAUGGGUUUGGAUCCCAGGCAUGGAUGAUGUGGGCAGCAGGGACUGUGGCCGCCAUGUCCAGCAUCACGUUCCCGGCAGUCAGUGCCCUCGUCUCUCAGAACGCAGAGUCCGAUCAGCAAGGAGUUGCCCAGGGAAUCAUAACUGGAAUACGCGGACUGUGCAAUGGCCUGGGGCCGGCACUGUACGGCUUCAUAUUCUACAUGUUCCAUGUGGAGCUAUCGGAGCUGGGCCCAGAGUUGACUUCAGAUGAUGAUGCCCUACAGGGAGCUCUCAUCCCAGGCCCACCAUUUUUAUUUGGAGCAUGUAUAGUUCUUAUGUCUUUUCUGGUUGCCUUAUUCAUCCCUGAAUACCAUAAAGCGAGUGGGGUUCAGAAACACAGCAGCAGCAUCAGUGGCAACUUGACCAACACCCCGGAACAGGGCAGUGAUGAGGACAUUGAGCCACUGCUGCAAGACAGCAGCAUCUGGGAGCUCUCCUCCUUUGAAGAACCUGGGAACCAGAGCACUGAGCUGUGAGUCUGCAGAAGAGGGGAUUCCGCAGGCAUCAUCUCUGAGACGAGCAGGGAGCCACACCACACGGAGACCCAUGGUGCUGGAGGGCGAUGCUAGCAGCAUCCUUCGGGCCAAGUUUAAUAAGUGACCCUGUGUCCCCCACCCUCACUCCUCCCCUCCUCCUCUUCUUUUUCUUCCAUUCUUUUCCGUUAUGUUUGUACAUUAGAACAAGGUAAGAUUCAAAAAACUUCCCUGCAAAUAAUGUACAACUCACAAGGUUAUCUGGAGUCUAAACUUUGAAACUCAAAUGGAAAAAGUCCUGUCUCUACUAGAAGGAGCAGGAGUGACAGCAGGGUCUCAGUGCCCUUGUUUAGCAGAAGGUGCAGGCGGUAGUGGAACUGCCAUCUUGGGCACAACUUCAGGUACAGAAUCCUUUAUUUCCUUCCCUUUUCUCAGAAUUAUUCCUGCUUACCCCAUAGGUGUUGAGCAACCCCUGUUAAGAGUCACUCAGGAUCUGGGAUUUAUUUCCUUUGUCCAAAGGUCAAAGGAAACCUAGUUUUACUCUCCCUUUAUUUUCUCUCCUUAUGCUUGUCUAAAAUGAACAUGGGUAAUACUGAUCAAUGAUCACCUUGGCCAGAUAAAGGAAAUCCUUCUUACAAAUUCAAAUCAUGUUGAAUUAACAACUCAAAUUCCUGGACCUAGUAUCCUACUCUAUCCAAGAUGAUUUUACAGAAGAAAAAAAUACAU